AUGUUUCCCAAAGUUGUUGUAAGUAAUGAUGCAAAGUCUGAUAAAGUGAAGGACAAAGUUAAACCGGAAGAGGUGAAAGAAGAUGUUAGACCGGUUGAAGUCGAGAUAGAUGUUGGUCAACAGUUUACAUAUGAACAACUUUUUACUACUCAUGAACAUAUGUUUGAAUGGGUCCGCAUGGUGGUCGAGAAUUUAGAAUUUGGCAUUGUAAUCGGAAGGUCUGACAAUGGUUCUAACCAAAGGCAAGCAUUUGUGACCUUGAGAUGUGAGAGAAGUGGCAUGUAUGUUUCACCAAUUCAGAAGUUGAAACGUGAUGACUCCAAAUCAAGAAAAUUCGGUCAUCUCAUCGUAUGUCGCCUUAAGCUGAAGGAGAAGGUAAUUGUUUCAGACAUGUCUUUAAUCAGCGUGGCGCCUAAAAAUAUACUUGCAGAUUUGAAACGGAAAAGACCUGAAAGUGUUUCAAAUAUCAAGCAGGUAUAUAAUGCGCAUUAUCGAAACAACAUGGCCAUAAGAGGUCCAAGGUCCAAAAUGCAACAACGUUUGAAGUUUUUGGAUGACAACCACUAUGUUUCUAGAGAAGACUUUUCAGUGGGGUUCACUUUUUUGGAAUCUGAAAAAAAAGACAAUGUUACAUGGGCAUUGGAAAUGUGCAAGACAUUAUUGAAGGACCGAGGAAACAUGUCGAAGGUAAUUUCCACUGAUUUAGACACUGCACUGAUGAAUUUGGUUGCAAAGGUUUUUCCUACAUCUUACACAUUACUUUGUUGA